AUGCACAACAACGCCUCCGACCUGCGACACUUUCUCAAGGUGCCAUGGUGCGCCGAGAUCCUGGCAGCCCCGGACAUCGUAUUUCUCCACGAUAUCGAGAACCCGUUGGGGAACGUCAUGAACAGGGGAGCAUUCACGAAUGGCAUUCUUAACAUUCCCGACGGCGUCAGAGCCCAACUAGCCUACUUCCAUCAGAAGCCGCAAGAAGGUCUCCCAAUCGGAGCGCCCUUCCCAGAACUGCGCGUCAUGUACGAUAUCGGGCACGGGCUGGCUGGCUGGGCUGGCCGCGGCCACGGCGGCUUUCUCUCCUUCCUCUUUGACACCGUGGCCGGCUGGCUGGCGAUUCUCAACACGCACCAUGCUGAAAAGGUGCAGGAUAUUACCCCGCAGAUGGCUGUGCCGACCACCGUGACGGCUCGACUCGAGGUCAACUACCGAAAACCCAUCAUUCUUGGCGGGGUGGUCAUAGUCACGGCAGCGGUCAAUCGACUCGAGGGCAAGAAGAUGUACAUUGACCUGAAGAUGGAGGACGAGGCCCGGCAGAUUGCUGAGAUAAAAGAGGCCAUGGGAGGCAAAAGUGGCCUCGAGCUCGAGCAUAAACGUCCCAGUAUGGCCGUUUUGGACAACAUCGCGUUGGAAGGACGCGUUCCAUAUGGCAUUGCGGCCGGGCUAGGAGUCGUGCUUCAUGUCACCUGUUUCCGAGUGGGAGAAUGGAAUCGUUGGAUUCCAAGAACCAUUCUCUUCUUCAUCGCCUUGUACGGGGUGGUCAUGUUUGCGCUCAUUCACUACCCCCAAUUUCAUCCUCAAGACCUGCUAUCGGGACUGAUAGAAGGGGCAAAGCUCUUCGCGAGUCUACUCGCCGGCAUAUUCGCAAGCAUUGCCGUGUACAGAUUGCUUUUCCAUCCGCUUCGACAUUUUCCUGGCCCCCAACCGGCUAAGCUCACAUCGCUCUACGCUACUCGGCUGUCCCUGCGACGUCUUCAGUUUUACCAGGACAUGCGUCAGAUCCAUGAAACCUAUGGACCCAAUGAGAUUUCUAUCGCGAACGCUGCUGCUCUCAAGACGAUCCAUUCAAACCAGUCAACGUGUUUUAAGGGGCCAUGGUACGAUCUGCUACUGCCACUAGUGUCCGUCCAUACGACCAGAGAUAAGAAAGAACACGCAGUUCGUCGCAAGGUCUGGGAUAAAGGGUUCAGCGCCAAAGCCCUGAGAGACUACGAGCCCAGAGUCAAGAGGUAUACUCAGAUGCUUUUGAACAAGAUCCAGGACAGCACUGGAAAGCCACUCAACGCCUCGCUGUGGAUGAACUUCUAUGGCUUCGAUGUCAUGGGCGAUCUUGCGUUCGGCAAGAGCUUCAACAUGCUCCGAGACGGGAUCAAACAUGAAUACAUGACGCUCAUGCACAAGAACACCCUAGUGGGCAGCUUGUUUGGCCGUUUCCCUUGGGCGCUCAUGAUCUUCAAGGAGAUCCCGAUCCUGAAUUACACGCAGAAGAACUUCCUCGAGUUCCUCAAGGGGGAAGUGAAAUCCCGCAUGGAGCACGAACCCGACUUACCCGAUGUCUUUUCUUGGAUCCUUGACGCCUACAGAUCAAACCCGAACAAAACCCAUCAAGAUUUUCUGGAUCUACAUGGUGAUGCAAAUCUGAUUGUGGUCGCCGGAAGCGACACAACGGCCGCUUCCAUGACCUUCAUCCUGUUCGAACUGGCACGGAACCCGGAAAUAUUGAACAAACUACGACAAGAAGUAGAUGAGUUCUUUGCGGCAAACGAGGAGCCCGACCAUCUCGGUCUAUCAAAGCUCAAAUAUCUCCAAGCAGUCAUUGACGAGGCCUUGCGCGUUCAUCCCGCCGUUCCUUCAGGGGUCCAACGGUUGACUCCCCCAGAAGGCAUCCAUAUUGGCGAAACGUUCAUUCCAGGCAACACGAUCGUCCAAGUACCACUGUACACUGUGGCAAGAGAUGAGAGAGCAUUCGUUGACGGAGACAAGUUCAUCCCGGAGCGUUGGACAACGCGGCCAGAACUGGUAAAAGAUGCCACGGCAUUUGCACCAUUUCAAAUCGGGCGCUACUCCUGUGUUGGCAAGCAUCUCGGCCUCAUGGAAAUCCGAUGCGUGAUUAGCCAGAUUGUGCGUCUGUACGACUUCACAUUCGCGCCGGGCCAGACACCCGAGGCAUUUGUUGAUGGCAUUGUCGAUGGCUUCACGGUUGUCUGCCCCAAGCUUGACAUGGUGUUUACCCCGCGUCAAGCUGUGACUGGAACUUGA